AUGGGUGAUUCGGAAUCUCCAAAGUAUGUCGGCUUUUCCUCCUCGACCCAAGAGGCCCCCGACGCUUCGCCUAUACCUAUACCUGCGACGCUGUCGAGGAGGAUCUUUAAGGGAAAUCCGAAUAGUGACUCUUACAGCUCCAUGAGCAAUCUCUUGGCAUCAUCAUGCUCGAGCGAUUAUGACAAUUGGAUCAAGGGCUUCUAUGCUAGUAGAAUCAAUGAGAUUUUGCAGUUCAAAAGCACCAGUCAUGUUAUCACUCCACCCUGUGACAACGAUUGUACAGAUGUGGAUGAUAUCAUCGAACCGUGUCUCUUGGAUUGUCACACAGAAGAAGGUUUUGUAAAGACUGCCACCCACUUGAUUUUACACAAGAUAAGGACCAAACAGGCAAAGUCACCGACAUCAAUGGUAACCAUUGGAUUAUCUGGAGGAUCAACACCAAGGGAGAUAUUCAGUUUUAUGGGUAGAUUGCAAGAUCUGGAAAUAGACUUUAACAGAAUCAUCAUAUUCGUCGUAGAUGAACGCUACGUUCCAACAGACGAUGAAAUGUCCAAUAUUAGGCUGAUAAGAAACACCCUGCUAAAGUAUUGGCCCAUACCAGAAUCAAACAUUAUAUUUCCCGAUACAAGCUUACCAUUGGAAGAGUGUGUUAAAAAAUAUGAAGAGGAUUUAGAGAAAAUAUUUGGAGUUGUAAACAUUAACAAAGUCAAAAGUGAACCUGGAGAUGAUAGUAACCCCGCCUGGAAGGCUGUUUUUCCAAUUAGACCUGACUUGAUUACGCUGGGUAUAGGUGCCGAUUUCCACAUUGCUGGUUUAUUUCCAGAGUACCUCUCAACACUAGACGCAGCGUAUGUUACGGAUUGUGUUCAUCGUGUAAUGGUAACGUAUACUGAAACUGCUGUUGUCAGGGAGCGUAUAACCUUAUCGCUUCCAUUUUUGUGUUGCGCAAAGAGCAAGCUGUUCCUCUUGAAGGGAGAACGCAAAAAGCGUAUUUGGACGACAAUGAUUCAAUACAGACAUGUGGAUCCAAUUAGAUUCCCGGCCACUCAAAUAUUUACUAGGCCAGGGUGCAUUGCUGUAUUGGAUUCUUCAACGAUAAGAAAGGUUAGGCUCAAGAUACCAUUAGACCAGACUGACUAUCUCACAUUUCUAUUGUUUGGAAGCACAGGUGAUUUGGCAAGGAAAAAGCUAUAUCCUGCACUUUUCCACCUGUUUUACCUUGGGUUCCUCCCUAACAAGUUUCACAUUCUAGCUAUAAGCAGAUAUGAGGAAGAUUUUGAUGCGUUCUUCAACAAAAUGUCUGAGGAUAUUUUUGCAUCAAUAAAUACAAAUCUUUAUUUAAGGGAUCCAGCUGUACGUUUUGACUAUCCUACAGUCAUUUCUGAAUUUAAAAACAAGUGUAGUAGAAUAAAGGCAACGUACAGUGACCCAGAGUCUAUCCAAACUUUGAUGGCAAAAAUUGCGGAAAUAGAGGCUGGGGCAGCUGUUUCUCAUCGUAUGGUCUAUUUAGCUACCCCUGCAGAAGCGUAUGAACCGAUUAUGAAGAUGGUUACAUCAUGUUGUAAGCCAAAGAACGGAUGGUUCCGUGUGCUUUUGGAGAAACCCUUUGGACGUGAUCUAUCAUCAUCGUUAUCAAUUCAAGCAGGUUUAAACAAGUAUAUUGAACCUGAAAAGGUGUUUUUGAUCGAUCAUUAUCUGGGUAAACCAGUUGUAGCAUGCAUAAUUUCAUCCAAAAAGUCACCGAGAUACUCUCCGCUUUUCAACAGGAAAUACGUAAAAAGUGUUCAUAUAAAGCUAAAGGAGGAAAUUGGAUCGUUUGGAAGAUCUUAUUUUGAAAGCUACGGUAUUAUCCGUGAUAUGAUUCAGAAUCAUGGGUUACAAUUACUUUCUUUAAUCGCAAUGAACCAUACAAGCGGCUCUAAGAAAUCGAUUGCGCAAGAUAAGUUGAACGUUCUCAAAUGUAUUAGAACCGUAACAUUUGACGAUGCCGUAAUCGGUCAAUAUACCGAUAGUCUUGAUGGCAAGAAAUGCGCUUAUAGAAAAGAACCUGGUAUUUCUCAAGACUCUUUGUGUAAUACUUAUUGUUCCUGCGUCAUGUGGAUUGAUAAUGAUGAUUGGAGGGAUGUUCCAUUCAUCAUCACAGCAGGAAAGGGUCUAGACGAGAGGCUCUGUGAAGUUAGCCUCAAUGUACAUGAAAAUGAAAUUGAGGAAUUCUGCGAAGGAUUCAAACCUAACAAACUUGUAUACAGAGUACACCCUGAUCCAUCAGUUUUCUGGGCCAAGGGCUCAAACGAAAUCGACGUUGGUGAAGUUAAGGAAAAUGCAGCUAGUGAUGUCGAGGCUGAGGCCACAAACAAGGAAGAAAGAAUACUUAGAGACGUAGAAUAUACUGCCACAAAGAGAACAAUUGAAGGAGCAUAUGAGAUUUUGUUCUACCACGCAUUUAGUGGCAGAAAGGAUUCGUUCCCAACCAUUGAUGAAGCUAAUGAAUCAUGGAGAAUACUAACACCACUAAUUGAUGAAAUAGCAGAAAAGAAAGUAGUACCAAUAUUUUAUCCUAGAGGAUCUGCGGGACCUGGUGAAGCUAAUCGCUUAUUUAAACUACUAAGUUAA